AUGACUUGUUUAUCAAUUUAUUUGGUCAAGAUACUUUCCAUUUUUCUCGGGCUUUGGUCAAGGCUUCCUCCUAAUGAAGCAUAUUCGCCAGAAAAGUUGUCCCCCACCUCUCAUAAUAAUUCUGUAAACGAUAAUCUCAAACAUCUCCAUAUUUUAUUUCGACAUGGUGACAGAUCUCCAAUCGUUAAUAUACCUGCUAUUUUACACAAAAUUCCUUCUGCUUGGUCGCAAGGAUUCGGCAUGCUUACAGACAAAGGUGUUGAGCAACACUUUUUUCUUGGGAAGUGGUUACGAUCAAAGUAUCAAGGAUUUGUCCCCAGUAAAUAUAACGGUUCUUACUAUCAUGUUCGUAGUACGGAUGUCGAUAGAACUCUAAUGUCAGCAAUGGCGAAUGCAGCCGGGUUUUACAACCAAUCUCCCUCUCCUUUGUCCGCUUAUGGUAUCAAUUGGUUUCCUAUACCUGUUCACACGAAACCUCAAGUAUCAGAUACACUUUUAGGUGUUGCACCAUGUCCUUAUCGGAAUUCAUUACAAAGUAAACAAAUGAAUAGUCAAUCAUCUAUUGAAUUUGAAAAAAAUCAUUCAAAUUUAUUUGUCAAACUUACUAAUGUCACUGGUAUUGGUCCAGUUAAUCGUCAUAAUGUAUGGUCCAUAUCCGAUUUUAUUACAUGUAUGAUUGCUCAUAACAUUACCCUUCCUGAUUGGUGUACAGAUGAAUUAUUGGCAGAAUUACAUGAAGUCAAUAGAUACUAUUGGGUGAAAAAAUAUUCUUCUUCUUCUGAUAUUAUUCGACUGGAAAUUGGUGUCUUCUUAAACACAUUUGUUAAACAUAUACAUUCCAUCAUACAUGGGGAACAGUUGAAUUUAAGUAAUGAAUAUACAUUAUCCACCGAACAUAUAAUGAUUUAUUCAGCUCAUGAUACUGACGUAACUUAUAUUUUAGCCGGUUUUGGUGUUUAUAAUAAUCAAACAAUUAAUUAUGCAUCUAGUGUUAUUCUAGAAUUACAUGGUCCAGAUAAAUCUGGCAAAGAAAGUGAUUAUCGUAUAAAAUUGUUGUAUAAAAAAGGUUGGACCGAUGAAGUUGGUGAAUAUUUAACCUUACCAGCUUGUAAAGGUCAACCUGGUUACAAUGGUUGUCCUGUGAAUCUUGUAUUGGAACAAAUUAAACCAUUAUUAUUGAGUACGGAUAGUUUUUAUAAAGAAUGUUCAAUAGAUCAACCGGAUAGUGUAAAUGAUCGAUUACAUCCAAUUGUAUUUAUCUUUGUUGGUGCAUCAAUCUCCUCUGUAAUAAUGCUUCUAGUCUUCUGGUAUUAUUCACUGCGUUUACGUCGUUAUAGCAGUUUAGACGUUACAGAACAACAAACUAUAUAA